CCGAAACCCCUCGAGGCUCAAUUGAAAGCCUGGAAGCUGGGGUGAUUUUCGCCAUGGAGGGUGAGUGCUACUUAAGCUUCGCUGGUCGCGCUGGUGGACAGCACUAGCAACUGACACUUGUUUGACGAUGCUUUCAUCAUGCGUUUCAUGAAUAUUUACUCAAUUGCGAUCGUCACUGCUUUUGCAAUUGCACGGCCAAGGAAUCCGACAGAUUCUUCGUUCGAUGCUGUGGUUGACAGAGGCUCUUUCGAAAUCCCGUCUGCGAAUGUCCGACCCAAGUUUCGCUACUGGAUACCCGACGCAUCCGUCAAUGUCGACAUUGUUGCACGGGAUGUGAAAGCCGUGAAAGAUGUUGGGUGUGGAGGCCUCGAGCUGCUUGGUUACUACUUGUAUGGCGGCCCGCCUUCGAAUGGUGCCGGAAGAGGAACGUAUGCGCCGGUGGAUUGGGCGAAGUAUGGGUUUGGGACGACGGCUUGGCAUACUGUCUUUAAGGCUUUCGUACAAGCGCAUAAGGAUAAUGACCUAAUUAUGGACUUUGCUAUGGGACCGAAUCAGGGGACAGGAGUACCGGCGCCGAUUAAUAGCGAGGGUUUGAUGUGGGAUCUUUCUGCGUACAAUGCCACGGUUCCCAUGGGAGGGUCCUUCAAUGGGUUACUUCCAGGAGAUCUUCCACUGGCUCGAACACAGUACACUCUCUCUACAGAAAGCCUCACUGAUGUGACGUCUCAGGUUGAUGCCUCCGGCCACCUUCAUCUCGACUUCUCAUCGAAUAUGACCGCGACAAAUGCUACAGGACAAAAUCACAUCGUCUUUGCCAUCUACCUCAUCCAAUCCCAUUACCGCGCCCAGCAAGGGCCUCUCGAGAUGAAGGGUCCCCAAACCGUGUCUGACUCUUACAUCAAUAACGGUUCUUGGGCCGUGGACCACUUCUCCGCUCUCGGCGCCCGCACAAUGACGAAGUUCUGGGAAGACUACAUUCUCAACAAUGGCACGCGCGAACUAUUGCAGCAGGUUGGGAACUACGGUUGGGAAGAUAGUGUGGAGAUCGAAGCGAACGUUUACUGGACAAAGAACUUCUCGGCCAUCUUUGAAGCGCAGAAUAAGUAUUCGGUGAAUAAGUGGUUACCAGUUCUAUUCCAUCGUAACGGACAUUAUAAACAGUCGAAUCCUGGGGUUUGGUGGGUCACGGAUGAGGCGGAUAUGGGGAGUAGUCAUAUUGCUGAUUAUAGGGCGACGCUCGCGUCUCAAUAUCAGGUAUAUGAGUCGGAAGUCAAUAAGUGGGUGGAGGAAUAUUUGAAUUUGCAGUUCUCGGCGCAACUCUCGUACAAUCUUCCCAUGGAUAUGCUUGCGAAUAUUCCAUCUGUGGGUGCGCCAGAAACUGAAUCUCUUGACUUUAGUGAUUUGAUCGACGGGUAUCGACAGUAUAGUGGUCCCGCCAAUCUCGCACGAAGGCGGAUUGUCUCUUCAGAAUGCGGAGCUGUACGUGGUGAAGCAUAUUCCCAAACUCUUCCCGAAAUUCUCUGGAAAGUUAAGCGCUCAUACGCGGGUUCCGUUAAUCAAUUUGUGUUUCAUGGAUAUCCAUACUCAGGCGAAUAUGGUAACACCACCUGGCCAACAUGGUCGACGUUCAAUUAUCAGUACUCGGAUAUGCAUGGCCCACACGAACCUGCGUGGGAAUUCUACCGAGACCAGAUUGACUACAUUGCGCGCAAUAACUGGGUAUUCCAAACGGGCAUUCCUCGAAUGGAUCUCGCCAUCUGGCAGAAAAUGACAGUAUACCCUGGCCAUAUACAAUUGAGGACGUACGAGCCCACAGAUUUGGAGCAGAUGGGAUAUUCGUAUGAGUACCUGAGCCCUGACAACCUCAAUCUUCCAGCUGCGAAAGUCGUGAACGGAGUACUAGCACCAGACGCACAAGCAUUCAAAGCACUGGUUGUGCGAGCGAACGAUUCCUUAACCCUCGGUGGUGUCAGCAAGCUCAUCGAAUUUGCAAAUGGCGGUCUCCCCAUCGUUCUUGCAGGAGGGGUACCAACAACUGUUCUCGGGACUCUAGCUCCUACGGUCUAUCGACAAGUCAUGCGGGACAUGGAUGCAAUGACCCAGCUUCCCAAUGUCCACAUAACUUCUUCCUACCUCGUUGCAUCCACCGUUGCCUCGCUAGGUAUCAAGCCGCUCACCAAAAUUUCGACGAACGCGACUUGGUACACGUACUGGCGCUCGGAUCCAUCAUCCAACAUCGACUUUGUAUUCGUUUACAAUGAUGCAAUGCAUGCGGCCCAGGGUACCGCUGCAUCUGAGGGCACUAUCGAGUUUCAAUCCACGAAGACACCAUAUGAAUACAAUGCUUGGACGGGAGAGAAACGACCAAUUCUGACAUACGAGAAGACGAGCACGUCCACAAUCAUACCAUUCAGACUUUGUGGGAACCAGUCCACCAUCGUUGCGUUCGUUGCGUCGUCCGAAGAUACACCUGUACCUUCUGUGCAUAUCACGAAUACAUCUAGUGGUGUGCUCGGGACCAGCGUGUCUGCAAACGGUGGCAUCACGCUCAAAAUCGGAAGCACUGCAACUUACAAAACAUCUACCGGUGUUACUAGAACGAUGCCCGCGCCGCCUGCUUCACCAUUCACCCUGACAAAUUGGACACUGACGGCUGAGCAUUGGGAUCCACCCACGAAUCUUUACAACUACAUGGCUGGAGCUAAUAAGCGUAACACCACACACUUACUCCCCAGCCUCAUCUCGUGGCUUGACAUCCCUGGUCUCCAAAACGUAUCUGGGCGCGGAUACUACUCCACAACCUUCACAUGGCCACCAGCACUCCUGUCCUCCAGCUCAAACACCACAAACACGACCAAAACCCUCUCCGGCGCUUUCCUCGACUUCGGCCCUGUCUACCAUACCCUGCAAGCCUCUCUUAACGGUCACCGUCUCCCACCUCUGGACGUCACGAGCGCGAAAGCAGAUAUCAAGACAUAUCUCGUUGAAGGCCUAAAUACGGUUGAAGCUGUUGUGGCAACGCCGUUGGGGAAUGUGCUCCGGCCGAUUUGGAAUUCGUUAAUGAGUAGUGGGGAGGGGCCUGCGAGUGCGGAUGCAGGACCUAGCCAUGGGUUUGUGGUCCCACCGCUUGGGAGGUAUGGGUUGCUGGGGGACGUUGUUGUUAGGCCUUAUUGGGAGGUAGAGGUGGGUGGGGAGGGGAAGUAG